UGUCGGCAAAACGGGAACUUCCGCCUUUCUCACGAGCAGUAAUUUGAAAAGAUGGCGUCCCGCAAAGAAUCCGGCGCGACAUCUAAUACCGCUAUGCCCCAGUCCUCGGCCAACACACUGGACUCCCCGGUGAAGCAGAUACAGAUAGAGGGCUUGGUGGUGCUGAAGAUCAUCAAGCACUACCAGGAGGAGGGCCAGGGAAGUGAGGUGGUGCAGGGUGUGCUGCUGGGCCUGGUGGUGGAGGACCGGCUGGAGAUCACCAACUGCUUCCCCUUCCCGCAGCACACGGAGGACGACGCCGACUUCGACGAAGUCCAGUACCAGAUGGAGAUGAUGCGCAGCCUCCGUCAUGUCAACAUCGACCACCUGCACGUGGGCUGGUACCAGUCCACCUACUACGGCUCCUUUGUAAGCCGCGCGCUGCUCGACUCCCAGUUCAGCUACCAGCACGCCAUCGAGGAGUCCGUCGUUCUCAUUUACGAUCCUAUCAAGACUGCUCAAGGUUCUCUGUCCCUGAAGGCCUACCGGCUGACCCCCAAACUGAUGGAGAUCUGCAAGGAGAAGGAUUUCACACCUGAGGGGCUGAAGAAGGCCAACAUCGGGUUCGAGCUGAUGUUUGAGGAGGUGCCGAUCGUGAUCAGGAACUCCCAUCUGAUCAGCGUACUGAUGUGGGAGCUGGAGGAGAAGUCCACGGUGGCCGACAAGCAUGAGCUGCUCAAUCUCUCCAGCAGCAACCACCUGGAGAAGAGCCUGCAGAUGCUGAUGGACCGGGUGGAUGACAUGAGCCAGGAGAUCGUCAAGUACAACACCUACAGCCGCAACCUCAGCAAGCAGCAACAGCAGAAGCAUCAGUACACCCAGCGCCGCCAGCAGGAGAACGCCCAGAGGCAGUCCCGAGGAGAGCCGUCGCUACCGGAGGAGGACCUCAGCAAGAUGUUUAAGCCCCCCCAGCCCCCGCCACGCAUGGACACCCUCCUCAUUGCAGGACAAAUCAACACCUACUGCCAGAACGUGAAGGAGUUCACAUCGCAGAACCUCGGCAAGCUGUUUAUGGCGGAGGCGCUGCAAGGUCACAGCAGCUAGAGACUCGGCGGAGGGGAGGAGCUCUGAGAACGGCACAGCUCUGGGCCAACGGCGUCGUCUUCCAGAAGCUGCCGGAAACCACAGGAAGAUGGGAUUCUCACGCCGGUCCAGGAAAGGAGGAGGUCCUUUUUAACCGAGACCUGUUGGAAAUUAAAUGUUUCUGGUUUGGAUUUAUAUAUUAAUUGGAUAGAAAUAAAAAUUUCAAACCCAUUCAA